UUCAGACAGUCUGGUGUUUAGCAAUGCCGAAAUCAAACGAUUGCUUGUUCCCCCUGGAUAAUUUGUUUUUCAGCAGCCCAGAUGAAGCUGGAAACUUCCCAGUUAAGGGGAAAUCACUGGAUUGGUUUCUCCCUCCAGCUCCACUGAUUUCAGAAAUUCCAGAUAUUCAAGAGUUAGAGGAAGAAAUUGAAAGUCAUAAACUGUUAGGCCAAGAAAAGGUACCAAAAAUGUUAACAUCAAAUUUGAAGAUCAUUAAUGAAGACAAAAAGUGUAUUUCACCAACACAAAAAUUCCAUUUUCCCUAUAAUAUGGGUACACAGGACUACCUACAUGUAGGAGGCUCAAGUAACAAUGACUCAUCCCAUAUUGCUGGCAAGCUGGUGUAUAGCUCGUCUCAGAGAUAUAAAGACCACGUGGGCGCUAAGAAUGGUCCUGGUGAUUCAAAAUCACCUAAUGUCGCAGAGGAUAGAGGAGAGUGGACAACAGCAUUCAAAAAAAGGUUAUUUAGAACAUAUGGCAAAAUACAUGAAUGUGAUUGUGCUAAUGAAAUUAUAAACUUGGAUUCUCAUGUUAGCCCAGUGAAACUUACCCAAACAAAGUUAAACAAGGAGAAAUCAUGGCACGGUAGCAACAAUAAACAGAAACUUCAGUAUUCCACAAAUAAAGGGAAAGCAAAAGACGGGUUUCCUGCUUCUGAAACUGGAGAAAACAUAUUCGAAGUGCCGGCCUUCUCCAUCGCAUCCCAGCCUCGUGACGUUCAAGGUAUAACUCCAAGUGGCUUAGGUUCCUUGAAGGCUGUCACAGAAAUUCCAGCAAAAUUUAGGAGUAUAUUCAAAGAAUUCCCUUACUUCAACUAUAUACAAUCCAAAGCCUUUGAUGAUCUUCUUUACACAGAUAGGAAUUUUGUGAUUUGUGCCCCCACUGGUUCUGGGAAAACUGUAGUGUUUGAACUUGCAAUAACUAGAUUGUUAGUGGAAGUUCCAUUGCCAUGGUCCAACAUGAAGAUUGUUUACAUGGCACCAAUAAAAGCCCUUUGUAGUCAGCGGUUUGAUGACUGGAAAGAAAAAUUUGGAUCAUUGGGCUUGAAUUGUAAAGAACUUACUGGAGAUACAGUAAUGGAUGACCUAUUUGAGAUUCAACAUACCCAUAUAAUUAUGACAACUCCAGAGAAGUGGGACAGCAUGACCAGGAAGUGGAGAGACAACUCUUUAGUCCAGCUGGUUCGACUGUUUCUCAUUGAUGAGGUGCAUAUUAUAAAAGACGAAAACCGUGGUCCAAUUCUUGAGGUUGUUGUUAGCAGAAUGAAAACUGUCCAGUCUUCAUCUAGGGCUUUGCAGAAUGCCAGCCCUGUCCCUAUGAGAUUUGUAGCUGUGUCUGCAACCAUUCCCAAUGCUGAGGACAUCGCAGAGUGGCUUUCGGAUGGCAAGAGACCCGCCGUGUGUCUGAGAAUGGAUGAGAGCCACAGACCCGUGAAACUUCAGAAAGUGGUGCUGGGCUUUCCCUGUGGCAGUAGCCAAACGGAAUUUAAGUUUGACUUAGCCCUCAACUAUAAAGUGUACAAUGUGAUACGGACUUACUCCGAUCAGAAGCCCACACUUGUGUUUUGUGCAACAAGGAAAGGUGUGCAGCAGGCUGCUUCUGUUCUUGUGAAAGACGCUAAAUUUAUUAUCUCCAUGGGACAGAAACUCAGGUUACAGAAGUCUGCAUAUUCUAUAAGGGAUUCGAAACUUAAAGAUGUCGUGGUGUAUGGUGUCGGCUACCACCAUGCUGGGUUGGAGCUGUCCGAUAGGAAACUGGUUGAAGAACUGUUUACUUCUGGAGAUCUCCCAGUUCUUUUUACCACGAGCACUCUUGCCAUGGGGGUGAACUUGCCAGCUCACCUGGUAGUUAUAAAGUCUACCAUGCACUACACUGGAGGCAUGUUUGAGGAGUACAGCGAGACAGACAUCCUGCAGAUGAUCGGGAGAGCCGGCAGACCUCAGUUUGACACGACAGCUACUGCAGUUAUCAUGACCCGGUUAAGCACAAGAGAGAAGUACGUUCAGAUGUUAGCAUGUAACGACACCAUAGAAAGCAGUUUGCACAGACAUCUGAUCGAGCAUUUAAAUGCAGAGAUAGUGCUGCAUACCAUCACAGACGUGAACAUUGCUCUGGACUGGAUCCGGUCAACCCUCCUGUACAUCAGAGCUCUGAAGAACCCAUCUCACUACGGUUUUGUAUCUGGACUGAACAAAGAUGGAAUCGAAGCGAAAUUACAAGAAUUGUGUUUGAAGAAUCUGAAAGAUUUAUCAUCACUGGACUUAAUAAAGAUGGAUGAAGAUGUUUAUUUCAAACCAACAGAGGCAGGAAGACUAAUGGCUUGGUACUAUAUUACAUUCGAGACAGUGAAGAAGUUUUGUACAAUCAGUGGAAAGGAAACUUUAUCAGAUUUAAUUUCGAUGAUAGCCAGCUGUAAUGAGUUCCUGGACGUGCAGCUGAGGACAAGUGAGAAGAGAGCACUGAACACUUUAAACAAAGACCCAAACCGGAUCACCAUCAGAUUUCCAAUGGAAGGAAGGAUUAAAACAAGAGAGAUGAAAGUAAAUUGUCUCAUACAGGCUCAGCUGGGAUGCAUUCCUAUACAAGAUUUUACUUUGACACAAGAUACCUCGAAGAUUUUCAGAAGUGGCUCACGAAUUGUAAGAUGGUUGUCAGAUUUUGUGGCUUGCCAGGAAAAGAAGUUUGCUGUGCUUUUAAACAGUGUGAUUUUAACUAAAUGCUUUAAGUGUAAGCUUUGGGAAAACUCUCGACAUGUAUCUAAACAGCUGGAUAAAAUCGGCAUAUCAUUGUCAAAUACCAUGGUAAAUGCAGGUUUGACUUCCUUUAAAAAAAUAGAAGAAGCAAAUGCAAGAGAAAUUGAACUGAUUUUAAGUAGACUUCCGCCUUUCGGAACCCUGAUAAAAGAAGCUGUGAUGUAUCUACCAAAGUAUGAGCUUGAAGUGGAGCAGAUUUCUAGAUACAGUGACACCAAGGCCGAGAUAUUGGUGACUGUUGUAUUAAGAAACUUUGAGCAGCUACAGACCAAAAGAACAGCACCAGACUCUCACUACACUACCUUAAUCAUAGGCGAUGCAGAUAAUCAAGUUGUUUUUAAGCACAAAAUUAUGGAUUCUGUUUUGUUAAAAAAUGGAAAUUGGGCUAAAAAAAUUGAUGUGAAGAGAGCUCUUAUAUCUGAAGAUCUUAGCAUUAAUCUAAUUAGUUCUGAUUAUGUUGGUCUUGAUAUUCAGCAGAAAUUUACAGUCUUUUAUUUAGGCCCCAGGAGGUAUGUAAAUCAAACAGUUAUGCAAGGAAGGUUAGAAACAGACAUUUCUCAUCCCAAGCACUCAAACAGAGCUGCUGCAGCAGUGUACAAUGAAGGAAUGGCUACCUGCAAAAUACCUGGGAACCGAGAAUGCAAUCAUCAUUGUAAAAAUAAACAUACAUGUGCACACGAUUGCUGUAAAAUCGGAGUUCCACAAAAGGCAGAAGUUAAAGAGUCAGCAAUGUCUUCGUAUUUGUCUGACUUAAAAAGCAGAGAUGCUGUCUCUUCUCUUCCUCCAGUGAAACGACUCAAGAUACAGAUGAACAAAUCUCAAAAUGUGGACCUUAAGGAGUUUGGUUUUACUCCAAGACCAUCCCUUUCCAGUAUAUCAAGGUCUGGAUCUUUAAACAUCCCAGAGUUGCCAAUGUCGAAACCGUGGAGUGAGCAUGAAAUCUAUGGAGAAGUUCCACAGGAACCAUCUGAAUAUCAUGGCAAAGAGAGUUUGGAUGUGAACUUUGAGUUGGGAAAUGAAGUUUGGGAUGACUUUGAUGACGAAAGCUUAGUAGAAGUUAUGAGUGUUUCAGCUGGUGCCGAGAAGACAGCUGUAUCAGGAUUUGGAGACACUUGUGAUUCGAGUCCCUGGGGAAGUAAGCUACCCUUCCAAAAGUCAAGCAGCAAAUUCCAAAGAGAAAUCUCAAACAGUUAUGCUUCAUCACAUGAAAAGCCAGAUAUUUAUCUAUCAGAUUGUGCCGUGUCCAAGUCUGGUCCAUCUCCCGUCACAGAAUCACCUCUACAAACUGGAGGUGCAAACCUUGUCAAUUUUCAAGAGAGAAGGCAGCCAACUCUCUCACCAGUGAUUGAGAGGGUAAGUUUUACCCGCUCUAACAAAACGCCACAGUCUCUCAACCUUCAGGGAGUGGAUAUUUUCAUUGGAAACGGUGACUCUAGAAAGGAAAUUGAUCUCAGUAAGUAUUAUCCUGACGAUGCAGCUGAAGAAAUGAAGGCUCUUCUGGGAAUAUUUAGGGAUAUUUUCUGA